AUGAUUCGUCAAAUCUUCGCAGCCGCUCCGUCGGCGCGACUCGCGAGCCCAAUCUCGACUGCAGCCUUCAAGACCCAGAUCAGCCACCAACCAACAUGGCGCCAUCUUAAUUCCACCUCAGUCUCCUGCAAACCCCGCCUAUUCACCACCGCAUCUCCAGCCCGCUUCACCACCUCCGCAAUCUUAAACUACUCUUCUCCCUUCCGCCUCUCCACCGACAAACAGGCAACUCCCUUCCACUACCCAGGAGAUGAUCCCUACAGCCAAUAUCCGCCCAAGCGACAAUGGCCCCCAGACAUGUCGAAGCUCUCGCCGAAGCACCAAUUCCGACUUGAGCGUAAAUACCGCCGGCGUGCGGCGCUGAAGUAUGCGCGGCCAAAGUUUAUUAAAAUGGUCACUUUGGCUCAGUGGAUUAUCAUUGGAUUUGUUGCGGUCUACGCGAUUCUAUUUAUGAAUUGGGAUACCAAGGGCACGCCGUUCGAUGGGAUCCGAGAGAGCUUCUUCUCUGGAAUUCAGGCGAUAUUCACUAGUCCCCCUCCUCGCGGUCCAGGGAAGAACUCAGACGAGAAGAAUUGA